AUGGAUACUCCCUCGAGCUCGGCAGACGUGGUCAAUGACCAUCACUACAGACUUGUCUACUUCAGCAACGAGUUGCCAUCUGACGAGCAGAUUGGUGCUCACCUGCGCCGUCUUCAAGCUUUGAGCAAGGACAGGCGACACCCAAUCUUGAAAGUCUUUCUGGACGACGCCACAGAGGUGCUUCGUGAGGAGCUGCGGAAGUUGCCUUCCCAUCUUCUUUCCCUGAUCGCACCGUUUGAGAGCAUCAUCGACUUUGCGUAUCAGUUUGGACUGCGUACUGGACCGUUUGGGGGGUCUACCGAGGGUGUCUCCACGUGUCUGAUUCAGCUGGGCACGUAUAUCAGCUACCAUGAGUGCCCUACGAACGAGCCCCUGACCUCUCCUCAUGGGACGCUUGUGGCUCUCGGCUCCGGAUUGCUGGCUGCUGCGGCUGUCUCCUUUGCCUCUCGCUUGCCGGAUCUUGUGAAGCUCGGUUCUGAGGCAAUCCGCAUUGCUUUCCGGAUGGGUCUUCGUGUCGACCAGGCUUCGCAGAGACUCGAAACUCGUCGAGCCGAGGGACCAGCAGAGAGCUGGGCAUAUGUGUUUUCGGAGUUGUCGGAGGAUGAGGUGCAAAAGGAACUGGCAACCAUGAAUGCUUCUCUGAACUUCCCUGCGCCGAGCCAAAUCUUUGUUAGUGCUGUUAGCCCCGGUUCCGUCACUAUUAGUGGUCCUCCUUCGCGCCUUAAAACCCUUGUGCGCUCCUCCGAGCUGCUGCGCUAUGCCAAAUGGGCUUCUCUGCCCAUCUUCAAUGGUCUCUGCCACACAUCCCAUGCUUACACCCACGCUGAUGCUGAAGACAUCGUGAGCGCAAUGGACCUCCCGACCAAUUCAUCUUACAUUCCUCACGCGCCUUUGCUCUCGACCAGAAAUGGACAGCCCUUCGCCGCACACACGCCUGCCCAGCUUUUUGAGGAUGUUAUAUUCGAAUUGCUGACGGGGACUAUUCGCUGGGACACGGUUACAGCGACUCUCCAUGACCGCGUGGCGCUUCACUUUGUGCCUGAAGUUGUUGUAAAGGCUUUGGGUGCGCCUAAUGCUCUCAAGGGUUUUAAUGAGGCUGUUCAGGCCCAUGCGGACCCGGUCCGAGUUAUCACGGAGGAUGUUUUGGCGCAAAGUCUCGCUACUCCUCUACCUGUGCGCGCCCCCCGCGACCCUAAGGACUCCAAGAUUGCUAUUGUCGGUAUGAGUUGUCGCCUUCCUGGGGGUGCCGUAUCCAACCAAAGCUUCUGGGAUCUGCUGGAGAAGGGCCUCGACGUCCAUCGACGCAUCCCCGCGGAUCGGUUCGAUGUUGAUACACACUGGGAUCCCACCGGCCAGAACCCGAAUGCCAGUAAAACACCAUUCGGGUGCUUCAUUGAUGAUCCGGCUCUCUUCGACGCCGGUUUCUUCAACAUGUCGCCCCGCGAGGCGGAGCAGACGGAUCCUAUGCACCGCUUGGCCCUCGUUACCGCUCACGAAGCCCUCGAGCAGGCUGGUUUCGUGCCUAACCGUACGCCCUCGACUAAUAUUGAGCGUGUGGGUGUCUUCUAUGGCCAGGCAAGUGACGAUUACCGCGAAGUCAAUGCAGGCCAGGAGAUCGGAACAUACUACAUUCCCGGUGGAAACAGGGCUUUCGCGCCCGGGCGAAUCAACUAUUUCUACAAGUUCGGUGGGCCCAGUUUCAGUUGCGACACCGCGUGCUCAUCCAGUCUGGCUACCGUUCAGAUCGCUUGCACAACGCUGUGGAGCGGCGAUGCCGAUAUGGUUAUCGCAGGAGGAGUCAACGUCCUCACAAACUCGGACGGCUUUGCCGGUCUCUGCAAUGGCCAUUUUCUCACGCAGACCGGUAACUGCAAGACAUGGGAUGCUGGUGCUGAUGGAUACUGCCGUGCAGACGGUAUCGGCUCUGUUGUCAUGAAGCGUCUUGAGGAUGCUAUUGCGGAUAACGACAACAUCCUCGCCACUGUGCUGUCUGCGGCCACGAAUCAAUCUGCCAAAGCUGUGUCAAUUACCCACCCGCAUGCUGGUGCUCAAGCGAGUCUCUACAAGCGCGUCAUGGACCGCGCUGGCGUUGACCCACUCGAUGUCAGCUAUGUCGAGCUGCACGGUACCGGUACACAAGCCGGCGAUGCGACGGAGAUGGAGUCAGUCACGCAGGUGUUUGCGCCUAUGGGCCCUCGCCGUCGCACCGAGCCGCUGCAUAUCGGCGCUGUCAAGUCGAAUAUCGGCCACGGAGAGGCGGCAGCAGGUAUUGCGGCACUGAUCAAGGUGCUCUUGAUGUACAAAAAGCGGUCUAUUCCUCCACACACAGGUAUCAAGACGGAGCUGAGCCCGGUGCUGAAGAAGUUCCUCGACAAGAAGCGUAAUAUUCACAUCGCUUUUGAGCAGACGCCUUGGAAGCCUGUGUACAACGAUACGCGGUAUGCGGUGGUCAACAACUUUAGUGCUGCCGGAGGCAACACGACUAUGCUUCUCGAGGAGGCACCGGUCAAGGAGAUCCAGGACGAUGGCGACGAUCGUGAGAAGCACGUUGUGGCCGUAUCUGCCAAGAGCAAGGUGUCGCUGAAAGGGAACCUUGAGGCACUUUUGGCAUAUCUCGAGGAGAAUCCCGAGACUUCAUUGAGUGACCUCGCAUACACCACCUUGGCCCGUCGCAUGCACUACAACCACCGCAUCGCCUUUUCGGCCUCCUCCAUCGACCAUGUGAAGAAACAAUUGCGGUAUCACAUCGACUCUGAGGAGCAGGUUCGCCCGGUCCCAUCAAACCCGCCAGCUGUGGCCUUCGCCUUCACCGGCCAAGGUGCAUUCUACCCCGGCAUGGGUGCCCAGCUCUACAACAGCGUUCCGUCUUUCCGGGACCAUAUCACGCAUCUCGACAGCCUCUGCCAGCAGCACGGCUUCCCAUCGAUCCUCCCAGUCAUCGAGAACAUAGGCGCCGAGACACAGGAAGAACCAGCCCCCAUCGUCACCCAGCUCACCAUUACCUGUCUCGAGAUCGCCUUGACCAAGUACUGGGCCUCGCUGGGUAUUACGCCAAGCGUCGUCGUCGGAGCAAGUCUGGGCGAGUACCCUGCCCUGCAUGCCGCCGGCGUGCUCUCUGCCAGCGACACCAUCUUCCUCGUCGGUCAGCGCGCACAGCAGCUUGAGAAGCACUGCCAACUGCGCAGUCACGGCAUGAUGGCUGUACGUGCCAGCGUCGAGCAGAUUACGGAGUGCCUAGGGGACCAACCCUAUGAGGUCGCCUGCAUCAACGCUCCACAGGACACCGUCAUCGAUGGACUUCAGGCUGACAUCGCCUCUGCACGGGAGAAGCUCCAGGCACAGGGAUACAAGUGCCACCAACUCGAUGUGCCCUACGCCUUUCACUCGUCGCAGAUGGACCCUGCUCUGGACUCAUAUGAGCAGAUUGCUUCGUCAGUCACUUUCCAUGCGCCUCAGGUGCCCGUUAUCUCGCCGCUGCUCAGCGACGUCGUGUUCGAUGCUAAGUCUAUCCACGCGCAAUACAUGCGGCGGGCGACGCGUGAGCCCGUCAACUUCGUUGGUGCUUUACAGGCUGCGCAGGAGAUUGGCAUUAUCGACCACAACACUGUCUGGGUUGAAGCUGGGCCUCACCCAGUGCUUGUCUCGUUUAUCCGCAACUGUCUCCCCGAGGUCAAGCGGUUGGUGCCGACGCUGCGGCGCAACGAGAACAACUGGAACACGUUGGCGGAUAGUUUGGCUGGAUUGCACAGCGACGGUCUCACCUUGCAGUGGAACGAAGUGCAUCGGCCAUUUGAGGCAUCGCUGCGGCUGUUGGACUUGCCGUCGUACUCGUGGAAUGAGAAGAGAUAUUGGAUCCAAUAUCGCGGCACAUGGACUCUCACCAAGGGUAAGGAAGUCAGUCAGCCGGUGCCUUCGUCAGCCGUGUCGACCUUGACGACCUCGUCUAUUCAUCAGGUGCUUCAGGAGGACGUUACUGGUUCCACAGCGACUUUUGUGGCCCGGUCGAACCUCAUGCAUCCCGACCUUUUCGAGGCCGCCAAUGGUCACCGGAUGAACGAUUGUGGUGUUGCCACAUCGUCUAUCCAUGGCGACAUCGCCUUCACCAUCGCCGACCACCUCUACAAGAAAAUCACCAACACAUCCGCCCCAGGCAUCAACAUCACCAACCUGAUUGUCCUGCAAGGCCUCGUCGCGCAAAAGUUCUCCAAAGCUGACCAGCUCUUUGAACUUCGCGCCACAGCCGACCUUACCACUUCCCCAGCAACCACAACCAUCCACUGGUACAACGUGACCGACGGCAUCACAAGCCCCGAGCACUUCGCCUCGGCCGUCGUGGAAUACGGUGACGCCAAUGUGUGGCUCUCGCAAUGGCGUCGCCUGUCUCACCUGGUCAAUAGCCGCAUUGCUUCCCUUGAACGCAUGGCCACCGAGGGCAAGGCCGCCGUCCUCCCGCGCAACAUGGCCUACCGUCUCUUCAACAAUCUCGUCGACUACGCCGACAAGUACCGUGGCAUCCAGUCCGCCAUUAUGCACGAGUACGAAGCCAUGGCGAAUGUUACCCUCACAACCCAGGGGUCGGGAACUUGGACUGUGCCACCGUAUUUCACUGACCCUGUGGCGCAUCUUGCUGGACUAGUCAUGAAUGGCAGCGAUGCGUCCAACACGAUCGACUACUUCUACGUGACGCCGGGAUGGGCGGGGUUGCGGUUUGCGAAGCCUCUGGUGAAGGGUGGAAAGUAUCAAUCGUAUGUGCAGAUGACGCCGAUCGAGGGACAGGCUGGGUUCUGGAACGGAGAUGUGUAUGUGCUGCAGGACGGGGAGAUCAUUGGUUUGGUUGAGAAGAUUACGUUCCGGCGGUUCCCGAGGAGCUUACUGCCUACGUUCUUCUCGCCGCCAGAUGUGGCCAAGCCAUUGCAUGCCGCAGCUCCGGCUGUACCGGUUAAGCCUGCUGCACCUGCACCAGUGCCUGUUUCUGCUCCCGCUGAAGCGUUCAAGUCGGCCGCUCCUAAGACAGCUGCUCCAGUGCCUGCCCCUGCCCCUGUCCCUGCCAAACGAGCUGAGCCAGCCCCGGCCGCGGCUCAGGCGGCAGCAACGCAGAAUCCAACAAUUACCGGCGCCCUGGACCUUAUCGCCAAAGAAUCCGCACUGGAGCUGUCCCAACUCACCGAUGACGCGGCCUUUGCUACUCUCGGUGUCGACUCGCUGAUGUCCUUGGUGUUGGCGGAGAAGUUCACGAGUCAGUUAGGAAUUGAGGUGAAGAGUUCUAUUUUCAUGGAGUGUGAGACGGUGGGAGAGUUGAAGACGUAUAUUGAGGAGACUUUUUGUUGA